CACUUUUCGUUCGGUUGUAUUGUACCAUGUCGCUUGUGUAAAGUGGUUUUAUCAUUUUAUUGGCAAUUAAUUACUUCGUGAUUUAAUAAGUGUGACUGUGGAUAUUUUAGAUACCCAAUUAUAGCUUUUUAACAAGUAGGCUCGUCGGACAUUGACGUAUAGUAAUAAUUUGAAAUCUUUGGGUUUAUAGUAUAAACUGCCUCUUGGUUUAGUUCUCAAGCCUUGAAGUGGUACUUCAAGGAAAUCGCUGGACCAAGAAUUUUAGUUUUUCUAUGAUUCAGUUAAUUGGAAAAAGUUAACAAAGGAAUAGGUAGUUGUUAUACCUGAUUCAGUUAGUUUAAUUAAUUCUAUUACAUUGUGCAACGUUCAAAUGAAUCAUUGUUUACUGUGCUAACUCGGCAGUAUCUUUCAAACCAGCAACAUGGAAGAUUGUAAGCCACUUACUAAAACUAUUGGAGUUUGGAUGUCAGAUAAGAAAAGCCAGAAGUUAAACUGGAAAGAGUUGAUUAGUGCAGCUAACUCACAUGGCUACAAACUUGUGAAGGUGGAUUUGGAAAGGCCAUUGGAAGAACAGGGUCAGUUUGAUGUGUUCCUCCACAAAUUGACUGAUAUCAUAGCGGCAGCAGAUUUAGGUGAUCCUAAGGCAUCACAGAUCAUUAGCAAUGUAGAACAGUAUUUAUCAAAUCAUCCAAAUAUUACGGUUAUCGACCCAUUAGACAACGUCAGAAUUCUGUUGAACAGAUUUAUUUAUUACUCAAUAUUACAAGACGAACCUACAUUCAUUCGACAGGGUAUUUUCACACCAACUUUCGCUGAAUUUACAACUACCAAUAUAAAAACAAAUUUGGAAAUCAUGAGACAAAGAGGAGUAACAUUCCCUAUUAUAUGCAAACCAACUAUUGCCCAUGGCUCGAAGUCUGCUCAUGAAAUGAUUUUGGUAUUUAAUGAGAGGGAUCUGAACGUCUGUAGACCACCCUGUGUGGUACAAAGUUUCGUUAAUCACAAUGCAGUUCUACAUAAAGUGUUUCUUAUUGGAAAUAGGUAUCACAUAUGCGAAAGACCAAGCCUCAAAAACUUCUACGCAUCAAAAGACCUAGAACCAAUAUUCUACAGUACAGGAGAAGUGUGUAAAGCAGAUAGCCAAUCCACUCUAUCUAUCUUGGACCCCCACGACGAGGCGGACUUACAAAUGGCUAUAAACGAAGACAAAAUAAAAACAAUCAUUCGAGCGUUAAGGAAAAGGAUUGGACUUCUAUUAGCUGGUUUUGAUGUAGUCAUAGACAAUGUGACAGGGAAUCAUGCGGUCAUAGACAUCAACGUCUAUCCUAGUUACGAUAACUUCCCAAAUUUCUUUGAAAACCUCAUGGACUGCAUUGACGAAAAUGUGUGUAGGACCAACAUAGUGAAGGGAGACAGUGUGUGUCAAGAUUACAUUUUCCAUAGGAUAAAUGGGUUAGUAAAUGUUGCAUUUACUGCCAACAAGCUUGGUGUUACUGGUAUGAACAUAAAUUAGUUAAAUAAGUGUAAUUUUUUUGAGGUGACCAAUGUUAAAACAGAAGAAUCCUCCUGUUAAUGGAAUGAUCGUAUUAAGGAUGGCAGUAAUCCUAUUAUGCUUCCAAUUUUAUCACUUAUAAAUUGGAUAAAGCAUCUGUCACGUUCUGGCAAGUAUGUCAGUGUGAGAGUGACAGGUGUCUUAUCCACGUAGAUAAGU